GGAACCGGAUCCUCAGCAAGACUUCACACCAUGCGCUUUUCUGCCAGCACUCUCGCGUACCUCGUAUCUGCACUCGUGUCCGCGCUCGCCCCGCGGGCCGCACAGGCAGGAGUCACAGCCUUCAGCGGCGGCUCGUGCGACGGUGACGCCGGGCUGGACGUCCCCUGCGACGGCUCGUGCCACCAGUUCGACGAGCGACACUCCUUCCGCGUUGACGGUGGCACGGGCACACACUGCGUGACGGUGUUCGUGGACCCGGGUUGCCCUAGAGACGCUAUGGGCUUCGAGCAGAGCUUUUUCAAGAGCCAGACAGGCCAAUGCACGAACGUGAACACCGGAACAAAUGCCCGGUCGUUCCUCUGCGCGCCGGACAGCACUUGUUUGCUGGGAGCCGCCUGAGCCGAGUCCCGCUGCUCGACGAUGUUCAAAUCUACAAGCAAGGACGUCUGCGAGACAAGCGAGCAUAAUGUGCAAGAUGGCGGAGAGUGUAGUAGCGGGAUUAGUGCAGAAGACUUGACUAAUACGAUCACACUUCCUUGGAGUCAAGUCUGCCCAUUGACCAAAUUGAGGCCGUUCUGACAUCUCCG